UGUAGUGCGACGACCGGGAGGGAGAGGGAAUAAAAGCGAGAGAGAGAGAGAGUUGGACGAAGAAAAGGGUCAGAGACCAGCAAGCAAAGCCUCGGAAGAGGGAAACUGAGCUUUCCAGCAUAAAAAUCGGACAGGCAGCAGGAAAGGAGUACACCGAGAUCCACAAUGAUGGAAGACUUUGAGGUAGCCGUUUCUCAGGGCCAAUUGGCAGAUGCUGUGUCGCACGUGCUGGCAAAACCACUGCACUUUUUCAACAGCACUCCACUCAACGUUGCCGUAGUAGGAGAGCCCGGCUCCGGGAAGUCUUCCUUCAUCAAUGCCAUGUUGGGUCUUCAUGCUGAUGACCCGCGUGCCGCUGCAACCGGCAUACAGAUGACAACAUUGCAAGUCAAGGAUUACCCACACCCGACACUUCCACAAGUGAUCCUUUGGGACCACCCCGGAAAGGGAACGCCAACUUUUGGGAAGGACAAAUUUGAGAAGAAGGUUGAUUUAAAUCACUUUGAUUUCUUCGUUAUCGUCGGCUCCCAGCGCUUCCGUGCCACCCAUUCUGACCUGGUCCAUGAGAUCCAAGAUAUGGCCAAGAAUUUCUACUUUGUGCGCACCAAAGCAGACCUGGACCUGUCGGCCGCCAAGAGGCAACAGCCAUCCGACUACAAUGAAGAGAAGGUCCUCUUGCACAUCCAGGAGGACUGCAAAGAGUGCUUGGUAAGAGAAGGAGUGAGGGACCCACAAGUCUUCAUCGUCUCCAACUGGGAAGCCGACCGCUUUGAUUUCCCCCUCCUGCAGGAAAUGCUGAAGAACGAUCUCUUGCGACUGAAGAGGCAAGCCUUUCUGCACCGCUUCCCUAGCAUCUGUCUGCCUAUCUUAGAGAAAAAGAAAGCCUCUGUGAAGGAGAAGAUUUGGACCAACAGGCUUUGUUUGUUGGUCGCUCUUGGAAGCCCAGUUCCUUUCCUUCUUCCCAUAUUUCUGUUUAGUAAGUUCCGCUCCUGGUGCUUUCUAGACUUUGGCCUGAACGAUCGAUCCCUUGCAGCUCUGGCCCAGCGUGUUGGAAAGACAAGCACAGCCCUUAAAGCAGCAAUGCAGUCCCUGGGAAUGUUCUCUGCCAUUUUAUGGGUGCUGCCAGACUUGGUGGGACUCUCAGUGAUGGCUUAUGAAUAUCACCGCUGGGAGCAUUUCCCCAUCUUUGGCUGCCUUCUGUCCGGAGGGGUUUCACUUCUUCGCACCUACUUCAUGCUGCAGAAAUGCAUAUCGGGUGCUGCGGAUGACACCCAGAGUGUUCUGUCCAAAGCUCUUGAGGCAGAAGGGAAAAAGUCAAUUUAGCAGCAAACAGCUGCACAGAUGUGUCUGCAGGGAUAGCAGUUUGCGCAAGCUUCUGUGGACUCUCAAGUCAUGUCUUGCAAACCUAGAAUAUUAUGACUAAGUGCUUGAUAGAGCAUCUGGAGAAUUAUACAGGUUUCCAUUUUUAAAACAACCACACCAAAAGACAUUUUAAAAAAUAAUGAUCAGAUGAUCAGGUUUUUUAUUUUAAAAAUUCAAUAAAUAUUAGGCUUCUC